AUGGAGCAAACAAAUGUUACAGACUGUUUUUGUAUAGUAGUAGAUAUUAUUGAUCAACUUCUUGACAGAACAGUCAGGUUUAAAAAGGAUUCUGAAAAAUCAAUUAUUAACGAGUGUAUUCAGUACAGUGUUUACACCGCAUUUAAAUAACUUCCCAAGAGAUGAAAAAGUCUUCCACAUAGACCCAAAUGAGAGCGAUAAUGAACCAGUCCAAUGUAGUUCAGUUUGGUUUGAAAAUAUUAAACUCCAGAAAAGAAUGUUUAUGACUCCUCCAAUUAUCAUAUUUAAAAAGAAGCCAAGAAGGCAUACCAAGAAGAUCAAAAGACUUAAUACUGGAGCUAGCUUCAUGAAUGAUCAGAGAGGUGUAGCUAGAAGUAGCUAUGAGCUUAAUAAAAUUUUUAACCCUAGGAAAUCUAUCAUGACAAAACCUAUUUUGAAAUUCGAAAAAUUGAUCAGUGAGAAAGAUAAUGAUAGCUAUUAUCUCAAGCAGAGAGAAUUAUUCGAUCUGAAAUUACUUCGAGAAGAACAAAAAUAAGGAAGAAGAGGACCAAAUUGCAAAAAUUAAGAAGAUUAAGCAAGAUAGAUUAAAGUUUCUACGAGUGUCAAAGGUCCACAAGCGUAAGGUUCAAAGUUUACCAAAACUAAGAUCAACGAACUUAGAAGAGACUGAGUCACCACAGAUCUUACCAAAAUACGUUGUGAAGAAGCCAAGAGUUUUUGGACACAAUUACCGUAACUCUUCAGAGUACAGAGCAAUGAUGAAGGAAGCAAAUGGCAAUUUAAUCAAGUUUAAACUCAAGUCUAAGCAGAAAGGGUCGACUCUGUGCAAACCUCCUUUAGGAAUUAAUAAAAACUUGAUAAUGAGCACGAUGAAAAUAGGCGCAAAGUUCAGAAAAUCCAAGCUACAGUUUAUGAGAAAUAAGGAUUAUGUGGGUAAUCUAACUCCACAGAAAGGAGUCACCCUGAAGAGGACUAUGGCAAAUGGUAGAACUGCUGUGUGUCAGAGGUUUGGGAAUAUUGGUACCCCUCAGAAUAGAAGAACCAUUGGUUUAUAA